AUGUCGAGGGCCUUGCGGAGAGCCGUACGAGUACCGGAAGUCUGGAACGCGAUGCUCAUGGGGAAGCGGGUGCCCAAGGCAAACGAUCUCCUCUAUCGGCUGCUGCUCGAUAAGGUGCUGACGGGUGCCAAAUUGUUAUGGACCGGAGAAGAGGGCAUGGACACAUGCCCCAGAGACGGCCUGGAACAGACCAUCACCCACCUGUGGGUGGAAUGCGAAAUCGCAAGGGCGGUCUGGGAAGAAAUGCGAGCGAUUCACCUCGCCGCGACAAGGACCCGGCGCCGAGGACCAUUUGUUGCCCCUAUCCCGACGACCCGAGAGGAGCUGUUGGGAUUUAUGGCGAUCGGCUCGCCGGGUUUGACAAAUCGAUAUGACAAGGCGAGAUGGCAUACACUCUACUCGGAAGCGGUGUGGCAGAUCUGGAAACUCUACCUCAACAACCAAUUCCGGGAAGAGAACUUCACGGCACAAGGGGCAGUCCAAGUGUACCGUAGGGCCAUCCAAACAUGA